GUAAGGUCAAACACUUUAUGUAAUUUCAUUUUACUGUCUUUUAAUUUAUUGUUGUCAAAAUGUGUUGAGCUCUUUCUCGUGAAAGUCCACCUUCCUGAUAUUACAAAUUUUUAAGCCUACCACUGAUCCUAAAAUUGUCUUUAUACUUUAAAUUUGCGCUUGCCAUUUGGCAAAAUAUAGAUUAUUCUAACUCCCUCUAACAACCAUAUUUCUACAUAAAACCUACCUCUGCAUGAGACUACAUACUGUAUGCAUUACUUCAUACUAACCUGUAAUGCUUGAAAAAAAAAAAGAUGAUUUGCCCUAAAAUUAAAUUUGGAAAAAUUACCUUAAAAAAGUCCUAAAAUGAUCAUUGUGUCAAGUGUCUGAUAUCUGUAGACACCCUGACUGUUAGAGAGAACAUAUCAUUAUGAUCUGAGACAGAACAUAUUAUUAAGGUAACACCAAGAAAUCUUUCCACCUUUGGCCGAUUUGCUUUCUAGUCAUAUUGUCGGCAAUAUAGUAAGUGGGACAAUAAAGUAUGACUGCAUUGCGGAAGUGAACAAACUGUAUCUGUUUUCAUGUGUGCAUAGAUUCUGUAACUGUUUUGGAAAAACUGGAAAAGCUUAAAAUGACACAGACGAGUGACAGUCAUUGUGGUGACGGUUGGUGUGGUGACUGCACCGUCUGAUCUUCACAGACAGCAGAGAAGCCCCGACUAGACCAGUCACUCUGUGGCUCGCUGGUACACAGCAGUGUAAUGGAGGACUCUGAGCCGCUGUGUGCCUCGAGGUCAGAGGAGAGGAGGCUGAACGGUCACUGCAGAUGGAGCGCUCACACCCUGGACUCAAAGGUGGUGGAGGACUUCAGACGGAGGCUCAAGUACUUCUUCAUGAACCCAUGUGAGAAAUACAGAGCCAGGGGUCGCAAACCGUGGAAACUGAUGUUGCAAAUAUUAAAAAUUGCAAUAAUCACAGUCCAGUUAGUCUCUUUCGGCCUGAGCAACGAAAUGAUGGUCACCUUCAAAGAUGAAAAUCUGAUGACAUUCAGACAUCUGUUUCUAAAAGGAUACAAGGAUCACAAGAUGGGAAGCUACGCACUCUACACAAAGGCAGACGUGUAUGAUCACAUCUACUACAUCAUAAACAGGUACAUCAAUCUCCAAAACCUGACAGUAGGUAAUCUUGCAUACGAGAGUGUUGAUGGCGAGUACACUCCUCUGUCUGUUUGUCAAGAGUUUUACAGAAAUAGCAGCAUCUAUCCUGGAAAUGAGACCUUUGACAUUGAUCCACAUAUUGAUAAAGACUGUAUUUCCAUAUAUCCCGUGCAAUCGUUUGACCACAGCGGUUCGGCCAUGCACCUCAACUUCUCUUUAGAUUUCAAAAGGCUGCUAUCUGUGAACAUCUACCUUACUCUGAAAACAAUCAAUCUGCAGACUGUGCGGCACCACGAGCUACCAGACUGUUACGACUUUCAUAUAAUGAUCAUGUUUGACAAUCGUGCACACAGUGGAAAGAUAAAGCUCGAUGUUAUAAAUGAUGUAAGAAUUUAUGAAUGCAGAGACUGGAAUGUUGAAGGCACUUCUGGUAAGAACGAUUACCUCCUCCUGUCAUUUGACUCUGUGGUCAUCCUCGCCUGCUUCACCUCCCUCAUCCUCUGCAUGCGAUCCGUCAUCAAUGGCAUCCAACUCCAGUUUGAGUUCAACAUAUUCUUCCAUGCCUACUACAAUAAAAUGGUGUCUUGGUCAGACCGCAUGGAGUUUGUGAACGGCUGGUAUAUCCUCAUCAUUGUGAGCGACACACUGACCAUCGCUGGGUCAGCGCUGAAAAUUGGAAUACAAACAAAGUACCUGACAAACUAUGACGUCUGCAGUAUCUUGCUGGGAACAGCCACAAUGCUCGUCUGGGUCGGUGUGAUGCGUUACCUUGGUUUCUUCAGGAAAUACAAUAUAUUAAUCUUAACACUAAGGGCGGCAUUCCCAAAUGUGAUUCGAUUCUGCUGCUGUGCGGCCAUGAUCUACCUUGGGUACUGUUUCUGUGGCUGGAUCGUCCUUGGGCCUUACCAUGACAAAUUUCGAACGCUUGACAAGGUGACAGAGUGCCUCUUCUCCCUUCUCAACGGAGAUGACAUGUACGCCACCUUCCUGAAGAUGAGACAUGGGGGCUACAUGGUGUGGCUCUUCAGCAGACUUUACCUUUACUCCUUCAUCUCCCUCUUCAUCUACAUGGUGCUCAGCCUGUUCAUCGCUCUCAUCACUGACACCUACGAGACCAUUAAGCAUCACCAGCAGGACAAGAUGCCAGUGUCCCAGCUUCAUGCCUUCAUAGCAGAGUGCAGGGACCAGCCUGAGUCUGGAAGAUACCAGACUGAUGAAGAACCAGCGUCCUGCUGCCUCUCUUCAUGCUGCUGCUUUUAACUUUGCAAAAUGCGGGCAAAGAGUUGGUCUAUCACGAGACUGAUUAAGGCUGCAAAGAGUCCAGACUGUCUGCAUGGAGAAUUUAAUGGUACUGAUGCAUGAUGACAAUGCCACAAUAUUUUCUUUUUUAAGUAGAAUUCAUUUGACUUUACUUUGUUUUUGUUUUUUAAAACUUGUAUUUGUGAACACUACUGAAGUUAAAUGUUCAAAGGAUCAGUUAGUUACGUAUGUUGUCACCAGUGUGAUUUCAAUAUGAAUGUGCACUCACAACAAAUUCCUCCUCAGUUCAGUGAUGCAUUCAACAUUUUCUUUUGUGACCUGAAGAGGAAUUUCCUCCUGACCCCACAAUAACAGCAUAACUGUAGGUUAAAUAUGUCUUUUUACAAGUACUUUAAUAUAUUUCUUAAUUAAAGAAUUUUUAAAAAAGUAUAGAUUUACUGAUUUAAAAAUCAACUGUACAGGCUACUAUAAAAACUAUGGGAAAGUCAGUUGUUUGUGUUUGUUUGUUUUUUUUUAAAUAAUUUGUAAUAUUAUAUUUGUUAUAAAAUAUUUUCUCUGCAUAUUUUCGGCGUGUAAUAUAUUGUUAUGUGAACUAAAUGAAUUGUUUUUGUGGCUGUACUUUGUGUAUUUCUUUCCACUGCUUCUGUGUUUUUUUGUGGC